GCGUGGCUGAACAACUGAGCUCUUUACUAUUAGCACUGAUGUCUGUUUUGCUUCUUUAGCUUUUAGGCUAACGCGUCACUGCGAACUUGAACCGUCGUAGCGCAAACAAACUGGACAUUAAACCAGUUAGACUCAAAUUCUCAUCGUACACUAGCAGCCGUAACUUUCCAUUCGCAGCCGUCGCUGCUAGUUUUGUUGCUUAGCAGUAACACAAGCCAUGAUCGUUUUUAGCAUGGCUAGUUGCUAACUGUUAGCUCGCGUGGCACAGUCGUUUGACGUGGAACGGGACAGCUCGUAGUCACACCCGAGCCAGUCGCUCAACCCCAACACUGUAACUAGAGGUGGCAGAGACAGUAGCUCUCACUGUGGAGGACCCGCAUCGACGAUGGCAUCACCCGUGGACGUCCUUGCAGAUGAGUGGCCCUGAGAAGUGAGUUAGCCCGAUGAGUUAGCAACAAUGUCCUGCAAAUCCACGAAAGUCGCCCCGAGUGUUGAUUUCGACCACAGUUGCUCCGACAGUGUGGAAUAUUUGACCCUCAACUUUGGCCCCUUUGAGACCGUCCAUCGCUGGAGGAGACUCCCUCCGUGUGAUGAGUUUGUCGGUGCAAGGCGCAGCAAACACACCGUGGUGGCAUACAGAGAUGCCAUAUACGUGUUUGGGGGAGACAAUGGGAAGAACAUGCUGAAUGAUCUGCUCCGCUUCGAUGUGAAGGACUGCUCAUGGUGCAGAGCGUUCACCACUGGAACUCCACCUGCUCCCAGAUAUCACCAUUCAGCUGUGGUCUAUGGCAGCAGCAUGUUUGUCUUUGGGGGCUACACCGGAGACAUCUACUCAAACUCAAACCUGAAAAACAAAAAUGACCUCUUUGAGUAUAAGUUCGCCACAGGGCAGUGGACUGAAUGGAAGGUGGAGGGGAGUUUGCCAGUGGCGAGAUCUGCACAUGGAGCCACAGUCUACAAUGACAAACUGUGGAUAUUUGCUGGCUAUGAUGGGAAUGCCAGGCUGAAUGACAUGUGGACCAUCAAUCUGCAGGAUCGAGAACAUGCAUGCUGGGAAGAGAUUGAACAGAGUGGGGAGAUUCCUCCGUCUUGCUGCAACUUUCCUGUCGCCGUAUGCAGGGAUAAGAUGUUUGUGUUUUCUGGUCAGAGUGGAGCCAAGAUCACUAAUAACCUCUUCCAGUUUGAGUUCAAGGGCCACAUGUGGACACGUAUCCCGACUGAGCACUUGCUGCGGGGCUCCCCUCCGCCUCCUCAGAGACGCUAUGGCCACACCAUGGUGGCCUUCGACCGCCACCUGUAUGUGUUUGGUGGUGCAGCUGACAACACGCUGCCCAACGAGCUGCACUGCUACGAUGUGGACUCUCAGACCUGGGAGGUCAUCCAACCCAGCCUGGACAGUGAGAUGCCAAGUGGGAGACUGUUUCAUGCUGCUGCUGUGAUUCAAGAUGCCAUGUACAUCUUUGGAGGAACAGUGGACAACAAUGUUCGCAGUGGAGAGAUGUACAGAUUCCAGUUCUCAUGCUAUCCUCAGUGCACUCUCCAUGAGGACUAUGGGAAACUGUGGGAGAACCGUCAGUUCUGUGAUGUGGUGUUUAUUCUGGGAGAGAGGGAGGAGAGAGUCUUGGGGCACAUUGCCAUUGUGACGGCAAGAUGUCAGUGGUUGCGGAAGAAAAUCCUGCAGGCUCGGGAUAGGCAGCGACAGAAGGCUAAACAGGAAAGCAGUGAGGAGAGUGAGGAUGGCGCAGGGGGCGGUCCGAGGGAUAUCCCAGCAGGCAACAGGCCAUCAGGCACACAGCCGAUGCUAGAGGUGGCCAUCAGGGAGGCGGAGGCCCAGCCUUUUGAAGUCUUAAUGCAGUUCCUCUACACAGACAAGAUCCAGUAUCCACGCAGAGGUCACGUCCAGGAUGUGCUUCUCAUCAUGGAUGUUUACAAACUCGCUCUAAGUUUUCAGCUUUCCCGCCUGGAGCAGCUGUGUGUGCAGUACAUUGAGGCAUCUGUCGACCUGCAGAAUGUUCUCAGUGUUUGUGAAAAUGCCAACAAGCUGCAACUGGACCAGCUCAAGGAGCAUUGCCUUAAUUUUGUGGUGAAGGAGUCGCACUUCAACCAGGUGAUUAUGACCAAGGAGUUUGAACAUCUGUCCACUCCACUGAUAGUGGAGAUAGUGCGGCGAAAGCAGCAGCCUCCUCUCAGGCUGUACUCAGACCAGCCGGUGGACAUUGGGACCUCCCUGGUACAGGACAUGAAGGCUUGCCUGGAGGGAGGCGGCCUGGAGUUCUGUGACAUUAUUCUGCUGUUAGAUGGACAUCCACGACCCGCACAUAAAGCCAUACUGGCAGCCAGAUCCAGUUACUUUGAGGCGAUGUUCCGCUCCUUCAUGCCAGAGGACGGUCAGGUUAAUAUCUCCAUUGGUGAGAUGGUUCCGAGUAAGCAGGCCUUUGAGUCCAUGCUGCGGUAUAUCUACUAUGGCGAUGUCGACAUGCCUCCAGAGGAUUCCCUCUACCUGUUUGCUGCACCAUAUUACUAUGGGUUUUCCAAUAACAGGCUACAGGCUUACUGCAAGCAGAAUCUGGAGAUGAACGUCACUGUGGAAAAUGUCUUGCAGAUUCUGGAGGCGGCAGAUAAGACCCAGGCUCUGGACAUGAAGAAGCACUGCCUGCACAUUAUCGUCCACCAGUUCAUCAAGGUUUCCAAGCUCCCCAACCUGCGGUCUCUCAGCCAGCUGCUGCUGUUGGACAUCAUUGAGUCUCUAGCUACACACAUAUCAGACAAACAGUGUGCUGAGAUGGGCUCCGACAUUUAAGGAUGACGCAGAGAGCCGAGAGGCUCCUCUCACAGAAGCCAUAUAACUAAGCUCCUCCUACUCCCAGUCACUCCCUCCUCCCAAACACGGUACUAUGUUGGACCUCAAACAACUCAACCUUUACAGUCGAUGUCCGCAGCAUCAAUCUGCAUCAUUCUAGCUCUAUUGCAAAUGUUAAAUUAUCUAAGAAUCCCUCCUUAUUUUUAGUUUGUAAUUUAUUUUCCUCACACGCAACAAAGCUUUUUAAUUUGUUUUUUAUCUGCUCAGUAUUGCUCAGGUUGUUUGGAUAUCUGCUCCAACUCAGUCUAAAUACAACUUACAAACUUAUAUCAUUCUAUGGAUUAUUUAUCUAAACAUCUAUUCAUCACUUGUAUUAUUCUCAGCUCUGACACACGCCUCUUGUAAGGAAUCAAGACCAUUAUAUGAAAGAAAUCAGAAUGUAUGUCUCUUAUAAAGCAGUUUGUUUCAUCUUCCUGUCAUUGGCACACGUCUUCUUAUCACGACUCAUUACUAACAGACCAGCUCUCUGUAUCCACAAAGUAUAGCAGUGUGUGUUUAGUGACACCAGGAUGCUGUUGUUGCAUAUUUACCCUUGAGUUUUAUGUAUUUAAGGUCUUAAUAAAUCUUCUCAUAUAAAACAA